AUGGAAACUACAGGACUAUCUUUCUCAAUAUAUUUUGUUGUCAUGCUCCUCCUUCAGGUGGUAACAGAAGCUUCAGCACAAUUCACAGUGAGUGCUCCAGAGGGCCCAAUUGUUGCUCCAUUAGGUGGAGUAGUUGAGCUCAGCUGCCAAUUGUCCCCACCACAGAGUGCAGAACACAUGGAGGUGCGCUGGUUUCGGGAUCGCUACACACAACCUAUUCACCUGUACAAAGGUGGUAAAGACCUGUAUGGAGAAACUCUCUCUGAAUAUGUGAAACGAACUGAGUUCCUUAAAGAAGCUAUUGGAGAGGGUAAAGUGACUCUCAGGAUCCUUAAUGUCAGUGUUUAUGAUGACGGGCAAUACCACUGCUUCUUCAAAGAUGGCAAUUUCUAUGAUGAAACCAUCACAACACUGAAGGUAACAGCUACAAAUUUUGAAACACAGAUUUUUGUGCAUCAUUCUAAUACUAAAGGGACCAUAAUGGAGUGUGUUUCAGGAGGCUGGUUUCCACAGCCUCUAAUGGAAUGGAGAGAUGACAGAGGAGAGAGAAUUCCACCUGAAUCAACAUCCCAUUCACAAGAUAAUGCCAAGUUGUUUAACAUGAAGAUGACUCUCCUCCUUAAACAAAAGUCUCAUGGAAUUGUCACUUGCUAUCUUCAAAACCCUAUAACUGGUCAUGAGGAAAGAACAAGCAUUGUCCUAUCAGUAACUAUUUCAGAUCCUCUGUUUCCCUUGUACAAUAAUUGGAUGUCAGAUAUGGCAGAGAUGAUGGGUAUCCUGAUGGCAUUUUUUACCUUGCUAAUCAUCGGUUUAUAUUGGACACUCAAAGGUGGUCCAUCUCUGAGCAAGUUUUAUACCUAUAUCAAGUGUGCAAUUAAAGUGUAG